AUGAUUCCGUCGAAUAAACGACGACGAGUUCAACUCCCGAAACAGUCUUCUGAUCUAAGGAUGCGUCGCAAGGCUCAAAGCACCAACGAGCAACUGGACGAGGAGACUUCGGAUAGCCGUGAGCCAAUUCCUCUGGAUCCAUCCUUCAUGGACGCCUAUUCGAACGGUAAUGCACGCAUCACGGUGAUCGGUCGCGACGGACCAACAAUAACGGCUGAAAAUCAACAAGACUUCAUUCAACCGCAAAUAAUUGAAACAGAUGAGCACAUCUACCCGAUUGCGUUCGAAGAGGUGGAAGUGGUCGAGCCGGGUAACGGUGGUGACUACAGCGAUGAGUAUUUGCAAGAAGGCGAUAAUGAAGAGCCAAGUCAAACAUUUUUACCGGAUGAAGAGCAUUUGGUCAGUGUUUUUUGA